UGGGCCUUCUGACGUAGCACAGCUGCUGUGUUAGAAGUUUGUCUGACCUAAUCAGGAAGUAUCCAUGCUUCUGAUUCUGCCAACGGGACUUCAGUAACACUAAAAUGUUCAGGAGAGAACACAUGGAGAUGAAUGCCUUGGUACAGAGUAAAUUCUAUCUAAUAUUUGAAGUCAGUCAUUACAAGAAUAAGAAGUUUAUAGUCUUAAUUAGCACGGAAACAGUCAUCCAACUGGUGAGGCUGUGGAUGCUGAAAAAGCUGAGGACAUGGCAGAGCAAAAGGAAUCUGUAGAAGGUGAGGUUGAAGAGAGCAAUACUGAAACAGAAGUCACUGUCUGUCAGUUCUUUCAGAGUGGUAACUGCCGAUUUGGUGCCAGGUGCAGAAACCUCCAUGUGGGUGAAAAAGGUAGUGGAAAUACCCAGUUAGCUCCCAAGCAUCAGAAGAAGAAAAAGGAGCAAACUCCAGCUGCCCCUGAGAAGAAACCACCCAUGAAGACUGCAGUUGAUGUAAUUUCACGCAUCCAGUGGGACUCCAGCUUGCUAAAGAACUAUUUCACUGUUGGAUAUCUUGACAGGUUCCUUGGCGUAAUUGAAAAACCUUUCACUGAGUUUAGCUGGGAAGACCUGGCUUCUGUUGAGUAUGGUGUUUUAGCUGUACCAAAACACAGGAUCCAGUAUUUUAAAUACCGUGAUGUUAUUGUAUGGGACAAAACAAACAGAAUUGAUGAUGUCUUCGGCUCCACAGGUGGUGGGAAAACCAUCUUGGAUGUGAUAGAAAACUAUGAAAAAGAACAUCCACAGACACAAGAAGGUGCAGCAGGCUACGAAUCAAUGGAAAGGGAACCUGCAGGAACCAGCAGUUACUGUCCGCCACAAGGUAAUGAAGAUGAAGACGACGCAGAAAAUAGAGCCGAGCUUUCCACUGCCAAAAAAAAGCCAAACUAUUUCAUUGCAGUACGUAUUAGUAAUGAGGAGGUUCGAAUGGCAGUUAAGGAAAUUCAGAACCACUUGAUUAGAAAGGAACCAGAACUGGCUGAAUGCUGUGUGCCAGUGUCCAGUCUUCAUCUGACACUGUGCCUUCUCCAUUUGGACUCUCAGGAGGCCUUUGAUGCUGCAUAUGCAGUCCUGCAUGAUUUGAAAUCAGAAUGCCAGCGCCUGUUACCACCCACUUUAAUUUUAAAUUUUCACACCCUCCAGGAUUUCCAUUCACAUGUUCUGUAUGUGGCGCCUGUGCCAGUCCCUGAACUGGUACAGUUUAUGGAAACACUCGCUCAUCGAUUCACUGAAAAGGGGAUUGUGGUAAUCAAGCCCCCUAGCUAUGCAAAUCUUCAUGUGACUAUUGCCAAAAUUCCAAAAUUGCUAUCAAAGAAAAAUCCAGAACUGAAGCUUGCACCAGAACUGUAUAAGGACUGCCCAGUGACCGAACUUGGUUCUCAGGCAGUUGACUGCCUCGCUUUCUGUUUUGCUGGUAAAACAAGACGCACAGAUGGUUUCUUCACCACUUUGAUGAGUAUCAACCUGUACUGACAGGGAAAUGAACACAUGAGCUGAGAUGUUUUGAACAUGAUUUUUAUGCCAGAUGUUUCAAUAAAAAGAUAAACAUCA